UCGAACUGUCUCAUUGUCUAUGGUUUAGUUACAUUUUCCGUGUGGUGGUCGAUUUAUCAAUAUUUUUCCUAUAUUUUUGUUUUCGGAAUAUAGGCGGGAACCUGUUGUCUUCAAUAAAACUCACUAACAAUGAGUGUCGAAGAGGAUAUUAUGAAAAUACAAAAGAAAUUGACAAAAAUGAUUUCUGCGGAUGGCACGGGCCAGGAAGAAGCAUUGGAUCUGCUGAAAGCUUUACAAACCAUGGCUAUAAAUCUGGAUGUGUUGACUAAAACCAGAAUAGGUAUGACAGUCAAUAAUCUUCGAAAAUCCAGCAAGGAUGAAGAAGUGAUAUCUCUAUGUAAAACUUUGAUUAAAAACUGGAAGAAGUUCUUGUCACCAGGCACUCCUGGUAAAGAUAAUGGCAGCUCCUCAAAAUCUAAAAAAGAAGGCAAAGAUAAAGAUAAAAAAGAUGAUAAGGAAAAAGACAAGAAGUUGCCGGCUUCAUUUCCACCUCAAAACAAUACCACUGAUGCUGUAAGGCUGAAGUGUAGGGAACUUCUCACACAAGCUCUUAAAGUUGAUGGUGAAAACCCAAACGCAUGUGGGAGCCCUGAGGAACUUGCUGAAGAAUUAGAGGAAUGCAUUUAUGCUGAGUUUAAGAAUACUGACAUGAGAUACAGAAACAGGGUAAGGUCAAGAGUAGCCAAUCUGAAAGAUCCAAAGAAUCCGACAUUGCGUACAAACUUUCUUAAUGGUGUGAUCUCAGCUUCCCGUCUUGCCAAGAUGACUCCAGAGGAAAUGGCCAGUGAUGAAAUGAAGAAGCUGAGAGAGAAGUUCAUUAAGGAGGCUAUUGAUGAUGCUCAGUUAGCCACAGUACAGGGUACAAAAACUGACAUGCUUAAGUGUGGCAAAUGCAAAAAGAAGAACUGUACAUACAACCAGUUACAGACAAGAAGUUCUGAUGAACCUAUGACUACAUUUGUACUUUGUAAUGAAUGCGGGAAUCGCUGGAAAUUCUGUUAAGACUGCUUUUAACCAUCCUAAGGUGACUAGUGUACCCUACUUUAUGAGAUACUGUACUGUAUCAAGUAUAAUAUUACAUUUACGAUGAAUUAUGGUUUCUGUUUUUGCUAUUUUAACACCACCUUACUACUGUCAUUGAGUUUGAAAUCAUGUUUAGUAGGUAAGGUGAUCUUAGUUUAAACUUAAAUAAAUAAAAGAAUCUGCUUUAAGUGAA